CCGAAACAACCAAGCGGAUGCCUAAAAACGUUCACCGUUGUCCAAGUGAAGUUAAAGCAGCAUUCACAAGCGACGAGUGCAGAGGUUAGGUUGACAAGAAGAGUUGGGGCAACAUACAGUAGGUGCAAAAGGAAAAGAGUGACGCGAUCGGGAGGUGCGACAUGUUUGGAAUGAUCAAGAAUUCGCUUUUCGGAAACAGCGAGGAGACCGAAUAUAAACUACUCAGCACAGAGACCAAGGAUGGCAUAAGCUUUGAGGUACGGCGUUACGACGCCGCCAAAUACGCCGUCGUUUCCUCUGAAGGGCGCACUUAUGACCAGGUGACGGGCGAGCUCGUGAGGAAGCUGCUCAUGUACAUCGGUGGGAGCAAUGAGCAAGGUGAGGCGAUGGGUACGGCGGCACCUACCAUCAUCACGGUCUACCCUCGGAACGACGGCGUUCUGUCCCGUCGUUUGGUGGUCGCCAUCCGCAUCCCUACCGUAUACCAGCAGAGCCCCCCGACCCCCACGGACAGUACCAUAAGGGUCGAGGAGCGGCCUGGCAUGACUGUCUAUACACUGCAAUUUGGAGGUUUCGCAGGUGAGAGCGAGUACCGAGCAGAAGCCUUGCGUUUGACACGCACGCUUGGUGAGACGGCCCCAUUCCAGCGCAAGCAAUACUUCUGUUGCAGUUACGACUCGCCAAUCAAGCCCUACGGACGCCGCAACGAGGUGUGGUUUAUACAGGAGGAGCCGUAGGCGCCCGCUUGCCCGUUUUGGCUUCUUUCCCCAGACUGACCGUUUCGCCGACACUCCCACAAACGGACACUAAUGCGACUUAAGUAUUGUUUGUCUCUUUUGAAUUCAACACAUCCCCUUACUAUGCGAACAAAAAGUAGUGCCGUUGUAUGUUUGUGAGUCCAAAAUGUCCCGUACGCUCUGGUUUAUGUAUCGCUACGCAUACCAAUAGAGAAUAUCAACCUCUAAAAGCAACAUCAAUAUGAAGUCAUUGUCUGGCAGGUGUGAGAUAGAAGAGUGAAACGGAGAAAAUAGACAAGCCUAACUGAAGUUUGGCAGUAAGGUAGCAUUGUUUAGUUCCAGAUACAACUUGAGCAUAGCGGUAUUUUCUUUUGUUGCAUAAUUAGAAGUGAGUCCACUGAUGAUUUGGAGAAAAUCCUGUUCUUCAAUUAGGAACUAGUUCUCAACCCAUGAAGUCAUGUUUCUAAUAUGAUUAGCUUUCGAGCAGUUUGUAUUGUGAUCACCAAUCAUGUCACUUUGUGAUGGUCAUUUUCGUUAAAUCUUUUCACGUUGUUGUGGAGCUUCCAUUUUUAAUUUCAUCCCUGAAAAUGUGACUGUGAUACAUCUGUAGUGCGACUAUCCAUGGCAAGAGUGAAAACUGGAAGGGUUAACUUGUCUGUCCCAAAAUAAUAAAUAUUGUUGCUCAAGUA